AUGAGUUCUCCUCUUCGCGAAAACCCCUCCUCAGCCAACCGGGGUCCUGCCCCGAACAGAGCAGGCCGCAAGCGCGCCCGUGCCGACGCUGAGGAUGGCUCGCCGGCUGGGGCCCCCUCCAGCCCCAUCAUGCCCUCGUCCCCGCCGGCCUUCAACAUUGCCCACGGCAACGACAACAACGAUGACGACGACAUCGAGGAAGAUGUCGAGAUCCCGGACGACAUUGAUGACCUCGAGGAGAUGGCCGAGGACGACAUUGACCUGUUCCAGGAGGGCUUCGAGCGUGAUUACCGCGAGCGCCCUGAUGACCGCUACGAGGAUAUUGACAUCGACGACGAGGAGUACGAUGCCAUGGACAUCGGCGAGAGGCGCCGUCUCGAGGCCAAGCUGAACCGGAGAGACCGUGAGGUCGCUCGUCGGCAGCGUAUCCCGGCUGCUUUCCUGCCCGGUGAGGAUGAGGGUGAUAUUGAUCUCACGGCUCAGCCCCGCCGCCGCAGGCGCCGGUACGAUGAGGACCCCGAUGAGGACAUGGAGGGCGACAUCAUGGAGGAGGAGCUCUCGCUCGAGGCUCUCCACGACUUCAAGGCUUCCAGUCUGACUGAGUGGGUUUCUCAGCCUGCCGUGCAGCGCACCAUCAAGCGCGAGUUCAAGGCCUUCCUCACCGAGUACAUCGACGAGAGCGGCUCGUCGGUCUACGGCAACCGCAUCCGUACCCUUGGUGAGGUCAACGCUGAGUCCCUGGAGGUCUCGUACGAGCACUUGGCCAACUCCAAGGCCAUUCUGGCUUACUUCUUGGCCAAUGCUCCGGCUGAGAUCCUCAAGCUGUUCGACGAGGUUGCCAUGGACGUCGUCCUGCUGCACUAUCCGGACUACGAGCGCAUUCAUGCCGAGAUCCAUGUCCGCAUUUAUGAUCUGCCUGUCCAGUACACGCUUCGUCAGCUCCGUCAGUCGCACCUUAACUGCCUUGUCCGCGUUAGUGGUGUCGUUACGCGGCGUACUGGUGUCUUCCCCCAGCUCAAGUACGUCAAGUUCGACUGUACUAAGUGCGGCGUCACGCUCGGUCCCUUCCAGCAAGAGUCGAACGUGGAGGUCAAGAUCACAUACUGCCAAAGCUGCCAGUCGCGUGGUCCCUUUACGCUCAACUCGGAGAAGACGGUCUACCGUAACUACCAGAAGAUCACCCUCCAAGAAUCUCCUGGCACUGUCCCAGCUGGUCGUCUGCCCCGCCACCGCGAGGUCAUCCUUUUGUGGGAUCUCAUCGACAAGUGCAAGCCUGGCGAGGAAAUUGAGGUUACAGGUAUCUACCGCAACAGCUACGAUGCCCAGCUCAACAACCGCAACGGCUUCCCUGUGUUCGCUACUAUUCUUGAGGCCAAUAACAUCGUAAAGGCCCACGACCAGCUGGCUGGUUUCCGUCUGACUGAAGAGGACGAGCACCGCAUCCGUCAGCUAUCCAAGGACCCGCACAUCGUUGACAAGAUCAUCAACUCUAUUGCUCCGAGUAUCUACGGGCACACCGACAUCAAGACGGCCAUUGCCCUCUCCCUGUUCGGCGGUGUCGCCAAGACAACCAAGGGUGCCCACCACGUCAGAGGCGACAUCAACGUCCUGCUCCUUGGUGACCCGGGUACCGCUAAGUCUCAAUUCCUCAAGUACGUUGAGAAAACGGCCCACCGCGCGGUCUUCGCGACCGGCCAGGGUGCCAGCGCGGUCGGUCUCACGGCUAGUGUCCGUCGAGACCCCCUGACAAGCGAAUGGACCCUGGAGGGCGGCGCUCUCGUGCUAGCUGACAAGGGCCACUGCCUGAUCGACGAGUUUGACAAGAUGAACGACCAAGACCGCACCUCGAUCCAUGAAGCCAUGGAACAGCAGACCAUCUCCAUCUCCAAGGCCGGCAUCGUCACCACGCUCCACGCCCGCUGCGGCAUCAUCGCUGCCGCCAACCCCAUCGGCGGCCGGUAUAACUCCACUCUGCCCUUCUCGGCCAACGUCGACCUUACUGAGCCCAUCCUCUCCCGUUUCGACAUCCUCUGCGUCGUCCGCGAUCAGGUCGACCCUGAAGAGGAUGAGCGCCUCGCCCGGUUUAUCGUCGGCUCACAUAGCCGCAGCCACCCCAUGAGCGCGACCAACCCGCGGACGAACCCCAACGCAGCUGGCAAUGCUAACAAUACCCAGGCGUCAUCAGCUAACGGGGGUGAUUCCAUGGAGGUUGAGUCGGAUACCCAGGCUGCUGCUAACGCGGCGGCUGCCAAGGAGGAGAAGGAGGGCGAAAUCCCGCAGGAGUUGUUGCGGAAGUAUAUCCUGUAUGCGCGUGAGCGUGUCCAUCCGAAGUUGUACCAUAUGGAUGAGGACAAGGUCGCGCGUCUGUUUGCGGAUAUGCGACGUGAGAGUCUGGCUACGGGGGCUUAUCCUAUUACUGUCCGCCAUCUCGAAGCGAUAAUUCGCAUCGCCGAAGCUUUCUGCCGCAUGCGUCUCUCCGAGUACUGCUCCGCGCAGGACAUUGACCGUGCCAUUGCCGUCACCGUCGAUUCCUUUGUAAACAGCCAGAAGGUCAGCUGCAAGAAGGCGCUGGCACGGGCUUUUGCGAAGUACACGCUGGCUAGGCCGGGCGGUCCUGGGUCGACGGGGAACAGGCUGCGGGGGAAUAGGAGGGUGGAGAGUCAGGCGCAGGUUGCCGCUUAG